UGCAUCCCCACUCAGAAUCUAAGUACAUCACUUCCAAUUUGUUGGCUGUUCUCUCAAGUCUUCCCUUUUCUCCCACUUUGACUUUUCUUUAGAAGAGCUUAUUGGUGGCAUAGAAACUAUGGCAGCACACAGAGUUAUCAUCAUAGCAUCACUUCUCUUCUGUUUAGCCGGAACUUGUUAUGGGAAAGUUCUCUUCUCUUCCUUGAAGAAAACCCUUGAUGUCACUGCUUCCCCCAAACAUGGACAAGUUGUGGAAGCUGGAUUGGACACUAUCACUGUGACAUGGGCUCUGAACAAGACCUUACCAGCUGGAACAGAUUCUUCCUACAAAACCAUAAAGGUGAAGCUGUGCUACGCGCCGAUAAGUCAACAAGACCGCGCGUGGAGAAAGACAGAGGACGAGCUCUCCAGGGACAAGACAUGCCAGCACAAGAUUGUGGCCAAGCCCUACGAUGCAUCCAACAAAACAGUGCACACCUUCGAGUGGUUGAUUGAGAGGGACGUGCCUGAAGCCACGUACUUCGUACGCGCCUAUGCUCUUGACUCCAACGACGUGCAAGUGGGUUAUGGUCAAACCAGUGAUGCUAAGAAGACAAGUAACUUGUUCAAGAUCCAGGCAAUCACCGGGCGACACCUGUCGCUUGAUAUAUGCUCUGCUUGUUUCAGUGCCUUCUCAGUGGUGUCCCUGAUUUUCUUCUUCUAUAUUGAGAAGAGAAAGAAACAUUAAGUCUUCUUCAUGAUCACAGCAGUGAUUGAAUGACAAAGGAGCUUCAUGGCAGAUUUUUACUAAUGCUUUUAUUACAUGGUAUAUUGGUAUUUAAUAAGUGUGUGUUUAGAUUUCUGCUCAACUUAAAAAAUUUACUUAGCUACUUGUGCCUUAGGAUGUAUGGCUUCCUGUUUGUUUGUAUCAGGCAAAUGGGAAACCAAACAUACACUAAAUCAAGAGGAUUUGCUUUGGCUCUCAAUGAUCUAUGAUGUAUUUCAAGUCAAUAUAAAUGUAUAACUAAAUUUCACACA